CAUCACUUGCUUGCAGAAGCUAUGUGACAUCUCAGAAAGAUUGAACCCCGUUCUGCCUUUGGUCUCUUUUCAGGGUGUCACAAUACCUGGGCUGGGCACCUUCUGCCUUAUUCCAUACACUUUGCCCAUGAGGAGCUCUCAGCUCCUGAACUUGCAGAGGCCCAUCUUCCAGCUGUCGGAGAACUUUGCAUGGGUUCACGGGCUCCAGUAUGAGGGAGAAAUUUUUCCAGGUUCUUCCCCCAGAGUAUUGCUGAAUUACACCUCAGUGUCCUUGGACACCCGCAUUCCUCCGGACACGGUGCAGCGCUGCAUUCAAGAGACCCUGCUUUUUCUGUCCUACACCCUGGCAAACAAGCAGAACGUGGACUUCAUCUUCAAGGACAUUGGCUGCCUGCGCUUCCAGAACAAAAAAGUCAAAAUGCAGUUUUCUGCAGAGUUUCUUCGCACUCUGGAUAGCACCGGCCACCUGCUGAAAUCUCUCCUCAGCAGGCCAGGGACGAGAGAUUCAGCAGCAUCAGGCAGAAAGAACACCCCUUCCCAGACGGCUUCUGGCAGUGACCUCGUGUUUCCCAGGGUCGGGCUCUACAUAUCACCUGGAAGGGCUGCCAGGGAAGGGCCUCUCCAGACACACAAGGGGCAGCUGGAGAAGAAGGGAGAAGCAAGCAGGAAGAAGAGGCUAAGAGAUCAGGGUCUCUCACUGACAAGCUCCAGCUGCUCUCUCUCUCCGGCCAGACUGCCGCCGCUGACAGUGGAAGGAGAGCUGGGCAAGGCUGCCAGGGCAAGAGAGCCUCUCAGACUGCUGCCAGUGCUCGAGGAGAGCUCUUCAAGGAAAGGAGAAGAGGGGAAGUGCAAGCCCUCUGCUACGGCCUGGCCCCAAACUUUACCCCCAUUGUACGAGGGCCACCACAGAGCAGGACAGGCAGUACACUCCCUGUGCAUGCAGCGGGAUGAAAGAAAGCUCCAGGCGUUACUGGCUGAGGAGCGGCUCCAGAAAAAUGAAAGGAAGAGCACAUUCGGGCAGAGUACCAGGCUCACAGGGAGAGGAACGAGGCAGGGAGUGUCUGGUGAAGCUCCUACAAACUGAAAAUCCUCCUUUAAGGAACUUUUGCACAAUAGAGGCUAAACUGAAGCAACAUCUGCAGCUGCUGCUCAGUUAGGCUGACUCCUGGAGCCUGCCCCAACUUUUUGCAAGAACCCUCCCAGCCUGGCAGCAUCGGGAGCAGGCUGCCACGCCACUUUUAUACCAGCCCAGCCCAGCUGACACCCACAGAGCUGCUUCUCCCACUGGUUUGAGACAAGAUCUCACCCAAGAAGGCUGAUGAUGCUCAGCUUCUGAGCACCAUAUGUCACCAUCUACAAGGGAGCAGAGCACCACAAAUGAGUGAAUGCCACCGGCAGGUCAGAUUUGUGGCAUUUCACACUACUUGUAAUAAAAAGGUGAGGCCUGUGGGCAACCAAACCACUCAGGUUUGCAACGUCUACCCAGCCUGUCCCAAAGUCUGUUCCUGAAGACCUCUUUCAGAAUUUUUUUAAGCAGUCUCACUGACGUCUGUGAGAUGGCUGAUGGGCUGUAAGGUCUCCAGGAUUAGAGUCCUGGUUAAUACAUAUUUGCAUAUUGACCUUGAGAAGUAAAUAAAAUGCUUAGUGAAAUCUUAAGUGAAAGAAGGUGUUUUCUUUCCUUAGCAGAGACCAGAGCAUUAUCAGCUUCCCCUUCAUUUGCUUGGCCUGCCAAAAGCGCAGAUCCCAGGCACACAGCUCAGGUGAGAAAACUGUUAUAAGAUACAUUAGUGCAGCACCACUGAGCUGAAAUACUCCAAGCAGCUACCAGUAUGUGCUACAAAUUCACAUGAAUUGAAGCAGUUGCUAAACAAACAAACAAAA